AUGGGGCUUUUGUCAUCUAUAUCCUGCCAGAAUUCUCAUGGUGGAUUGACCGGUGGUGGUGUUGAUGGUGGUCUUGGUGGAUUGAUCGGUGGUCUUGGUGGUGGUGGUCCUCGUAGAUUGACCGAUGGUCCUGGUGUUGGUGGUCUUGGUGGAUUGAUCGGUGUUGGUGGUGGUCUUGGUGGAUUGAUCGGUGGUCUUGGUGGUGGUGGUCCUGGUGGAUUGAUCGGUGGUCUUGGUGGUGGUGGUCCUGGUGGAUUGACCGGUGGUCCUGGUGGUGGUGGUCCUGGUGGAUUGACCGAUGGUCUUGGUGGUGGUGGUCCUGGUGGAUUGACCGGUGGUGGUGGUGAUAAUGGUGAUCUUGGUGCAUUGGCUGGUGUUGGUGGUGGUCUUGGUGGAUUGAUCGGUGGUCUUGGUGGUGGUGGUCCUGGUGGAUUGACCGGUGGUCCUGGUGGUGGUGGUCCUGGUGGAUUGACCGAUGGUCUUGGUGGUGGUGGUCCUGGUGGAUUGACCGGUGGUGGUGGUGAUAAUGGUGAUCUUGGUGCAUUGGCCGGUGUUGGUGGUGGUCUUGGUGGAUUGAUCGGUGGUCUUGGUGGUGGUGGUCCUGGUGGAUUGAUCGGUGGUCUUGGUGGUGGUGGUCCUGGUGGAUUGACCGGUGGUCCUGGUGGUGGUGGUCCUGGUGGAUUGACCGAUGGUCUUGGUGGUGGUGGUCCUGGUGGAUUGACCGGUGGUCCUGGUGGUGGUGGUCCUGGUGGAUUGACCGAUGGUCUUGGUGGUGGUGGUCCUGGUGGAUUGACCGAUGGUCUUGGUGGUGGUGGUCCUGGUGGAUUCACCGAUGGUCCUGGUGGAUUGACCGGUGGUGAUGGUGGUAAUGGUGAUCUUGGUGAUCGUGGUCUUGGUGGAUUGACCGGUGGUAGUGCUGGUGGUGGACCGCUUAAUGCGAUUAUGCCUGCUUCCAUUCCUGUUAUCAUCAUUUUCACUGCUUUCUGGGGAGCAGUUGGAGGUGUUUUGCCGAUGUUUGUCCCUCGAUCAUCAGACAGAGGAGUAAUUCAGACCAUGUUGAUAAUCACUGCGGUCGCUUGUUAUUCAACUUGGCUGUUCACUUACAUGGCUCAAAUGAAUCCAUUGAUUGGACCACAAGUGAACAGUUUAACUCAAACAAUCAUAUCCAAAAAUUGGUCUUAG